AUGAUUUUGGAGGAGUCAAAUAAGAUUAAUUCUGAGUCUAUUGAAAGUGGCAAUGGUUGGACUGACUGUGUUUUCGAAACAACAAAUCAAUUUAUAACUAGUGAGGUAUUCAAAAGUCGGAAUGAAUUAGUUAACUGGACUCGUGAAGAAGGAAGAAAGUGUGGAAUAGUAGUUGUAAUCAGGAGAAGAAGUGUGAUAGAAGUGGUGGUACAAAGAGGUGUGGUUGCCCAUUUCGCCUUGAAGGGCAAAAAUGUUGGUCCUAGGGAUGAGUGGAUCGUUGAGGUUGUAAAUGGGAUGCAUAACCAUCAUGCUGCAAAGUAUCCUGAAGGGCAUUCCUAUAUGGGGCAAUUAACCAAGGAAGAAAAUAAUUUGUUGGUUAAUAUUUCAAAGAACCUGGUAAAUCCAAAAGAAAUAUUAUACACUUUAAAGAAAAAUGACCCACUCAAUUCAAGCACUAUGAAGACAAUCUACAAUGCUCGACAUAUUCAAAGGGUGAUUGAAAAAGCUGGUAUGUCAGAGAUGCAAAUACUGCUAAACAAUUUGGAGAAAUACAAUUAUGUGGAAUGGCAUAGGAGUUACGGCACAGAGAACAUUGUGAGUGACUUGUUCUGGACUCAUCUUGAUAGUGUAGUAGUGAGUUACACUUAUAAAUCAUGA